GGGUUGGCGACCCUUUAACCAUCUCCUAGUACUCACCUCCGUUGGUAUCACCUCGAUUGCUACCAACUCCCUCAAACUUAACCAUACGAAGCAAAUAGCCCAUUUCUCUCUUUGGUUAACAUCCAUCUCUCUCUCUCUCUCUCUCGGCCGGCUUUUACAGUCAGGGACGAAACGUACGGAUUCUAACCAGCAAUGCCGGUUCCUCCUGUCCCAUAUGCAGCUCCUCCUGUGCCAUUUAUACCACCAAACGGUUCACACAGCCACAUUGUUUGCUUGGGUUGUCAAAAUGUUCUUCUCUGUCCACCAGGGGCAACAUCUGUAUGUUGUGCUGUUUGCAAUGCUGUUACUGCUGUACCAUUGCCUGGAACCGAAAUGGCUCAGUUAGUUUGUGGAGGGUGCCGCACUCUACUGAUGUACAUGCGUGGAGCAUCUGGAGUCCAAUGUUCUUGUUGCCACACAAUCAAUCUGGCUUUGGAAGCAAAUCAGGUUGCACAAGUUAACUGUGAGAACUGUCAUAUGCUGUUGAUGUACCAGAAUGGAGCAAGAUUUGUGAAAUGUGCCGUUUGCAAUUUUGUGACAUCAAUUGUGUAAUUUGACUGUAUGUAGCUACAUCAUGCAUUCGAACAAUUUUCUCAUCCUUGUUCUUCAGUUUAUAUGGUUGGCCAUGUCCAACAUGCAGGUAUCACUAAACUUCUUGAAUGCUGAGUAGCUGAUUUAGAAAAUAA